AUGAGGAACUUUUUAAUAGUAUUAUUCGCUAUUAUUAGCGUAGCCGCGGCACAAAACCUGGGCAGUCUUUUGAAUUCAAUCAUCGGAGGUGGUGGUGGUGGUAGUGGUGCAGGCAGCGGUGGAGGUGGUGGUGGAAUCAUCCCGGGAUCAAGGGGAGUCCUCGGUGGUGGUAGCCCACGGGGACCUGGUGGAGUCUUAUCAGGAAUUGGUGGAAUCUUUGCUCCUGGUGAACAACCUGCUCCUGGUGCACAACCUGCUCCUGGUGCACAGCCCACUCCUGCUCCACAACCCGCACCUGGUGCACAACCCACUCCGGGUCCACAACCCGCUCCUGGCCCACAACCUGCUCCUGGUCCACAACCCGCACCUGGUGGAGAACCAGCACCUGGUGGAGAACCAGCAACUGGUGCCCAAGUAGAAGUCUAA